CAUGAGCGCGGCCACUCACUCUCCAAUGGUGCAGAUGGCGACCAGCAACAGUGGCAACGGCGGGGAUCGAGACCCCUUACCCCCAGGCUGGGAAAUUAAAAUCGAUCCCCAGACCGGUUGGCCCUUCUUCGUGGAUCACAACAACCGGACCACUACGUGGAACGACCCGCGCGUCCCCCCAGAGGGGCCCAAACCAAAUAGGAGCCCCUGGAGGGAAAAAGGAGCUUUGAGGACACAGGAGAAUAAUGGUACAGAGGAAAGUCAAUCAUCAGCCAACGGCCCAUCUGAGGAAAGUCCCAAGCUACCUCCUACUAGGGAGGGUAUCCCAGUGUAUCCCCAGCUUCGUGCUGGUUACAUUCCCAUUCCAGUUAUCCACGAAGGCUCUGAAAACUGGCAGCAGCAACAACACCCACUCUACUCUUAUCAGCCUGGGAUGCAGCGAAUGAAAGUAAAGCCAACCCCUCUGAGAUCUCAGUCACCUUUACCAUCCUUUCCCCAAGCAGAAUCCAGUGUCAGAAACUCAUCUGAAUCUGCCCGAUCAGAAAAAUCAAGUGGAAAGGCUGCUGGGGUUCAGAGAUCCCAUUCUCCAGACCCUUCUGCCGGUACCUCUUCCUCACAGCCUUCAUCCUCUACCAGGAGUGGCAGGGGAAGCCACCAGCUUCCCCGAGGCUACAUCCCUAUUCCUGUGAUUCAUGAGCACGCCCACAGGCACCCAUCCCCAGCACAUGGUUUUCAUCACGUCCAUAAGACUCACUAUCCAACGGUGGAUUUACAUUCUCAUCAGCCAGUGCACAGGAUCCAUGCUGAUGAUCGGGAGCCCAAGUCUGGCCGAUCACAGUCCCCCUUCAAAGUGGCUUCCAGGGACUCAUCCAGCCGGGAAGAAUCUCCAUGCAGAGCUAAUGCAUCACGUCUCUCGCAGUCUCCUGCCCGAGUACAGCCUGCUUUGGACAGACCUCAGGCUUCUUCUCAGCAGCCAGGGGUCCGCCAAGAGUCAUCCUCAGGGUCCCAAUCUGAUGGCAAACCAGAAAGUAAGUCAAGCCCUGUUGGAUCAGAUCUCUCUUCAGGCUAUGUCCCAAUUCAAGUUAUUCACAAGGAGGCUGAUUCUAAACCAGCUUCCAAGAAACGUGCACCUCCUUUGGAAAAGGUUGAAGUAAAGGUCUCUGCUUCCCCGGCUCCCAGCUCCUCUCCUGUUCCCAGCCCUUCUUCUUCCCCCUCCCUUUCCAAGAGUUCAGCUGCAGAAGAGCGUCCAACCUCCCCUGUUCCUUCCUCUCCCAAACAAGCACAGAAGAAGCCAGCUGAUUUGGAAGGAGGAGACCCCAAACAUCCUGGUGUAAAGAAAGUAGAAGCAAUCCUGGAAAAGGUCCAAGGGCUUGAGCAGGCUGUGAAUUCAUUUCAAGGUAAGAAGGCAGACAAACAAUAUUUGAUGAUCGAAGAGUAUUUGACCAAAGAGCUUCUGGCCUUGGAUUCAGUGGACCCAGAAGGACGUUCCGAUGUGCGUCAGGCCAGAAGGGAUGGCGUAAGGAAGGUCCAGCAGAUUUUGGAAAAACUUGAACAGAAAGUGGAAGAGGAUGUCCCUGGGCAAGUUCAGGUUUACGAACUCCACGAAAGCUCCUCAAAGGAUGAUUGUCCCCUGGAGGAGGCUUCUGUGCCAAGCACUACCACAUCUGUAGGCAAAAGUAAGAAGAGUACAAAGGUCAAAAAGGAACCCAAAACAGAAACGGAUCAGGCUAACACCAAAGAUGUAGUAGAUGCCAGCACAUCUACAAACUCAGUCAUGCUGCAGCCAUCUUCCUAUUCUAAAUAAAAAACUAACUUGGACUUGGGACCUUGAUCCUGUGUGCUUAAAGAAAUUUUAAGUUGCAUGCAUUUCAGGAACUUUGCAGCCAUUGGUUUUUAAUAAACAUAGCAGCUUGGGGGGUUCACAGUAACAGCUUAGGCCACAGUAAAAGUAGUGGGGAUAAUAAAUAGGGGUGAAACCCUAACACCGAAAGGGCUAGAAUGAAAAUAACGCUUUUUCUUCUGUAUUCUUCUCUUGUAUAAAUAAAGAAGCUGCUUGUUGUUUCAAAAAGUUAGUCCCAUACUUGAGUCAUUCUGGUGCCCUUUGGGUACAAGGACAUGCUAUGGUAAUCAGUGUGCAUAUUCUCUUCCCAGGAAGCUUCCUUGGCCCAUUUGUUUUCUAGGGAGCUGGGGAGGAGAAAUGAAUACAUCGGCAAUCAAGAAUAAGCAAGCUGAUUUUUCAGAAGUAGCAACUUUUCAACAAGAUGGGUUUUUUUUUCCUUCUUUUUACCAUUGGGCACUUUAAGAAAUGGCAGAUAGGAAGUAUAUGAUCAAUCAUAGUAAUAUUUAUGUGUGGACAACUUUCAGUGCUAAAUUUUAAGAAUGGAAAAUAAACCAAGAAUAAUAUAAUAA